AUGAGAACGGGAAUCAUCAUUAUCCUGACGCACAAGGACCCGCGACAAUUUAUGGAAGAUGCUAAAAAAAUGAUAAUCAGGAGAAUGACUAAUGCUGUUAAAAAAUCGACAUUAAAAGUUAAUGCUGUGUUUUGUGGGAAAUUCGUAACUAAGAAAACAGGAAAGGAAGUAUUUCAAUUUAAAUAUAUAAAUACUAAAAAUGUCCCAAUUUAUAACAACACCGAUUUAGAGGAAUGGUUUAAGAACAACAUUCAAUACCCCGUUCCAAAAGACCUUGAAGAAUUUCAAGAAAAGGAUAGUGGAUGGGCAUUAAAUGCUAUCGUAAACCUGCAGGUAAACAUUAAUAAAUUCACUCCACAACUUGGGUCGUCAUACAUUGAAUUACCGAGGGCCCUUACGCUGAAGCACGCUUGCGUAAAUGUGAAGAAUGAUGAUGAAGCAUGCUUUGCGUGGGCAGUGACUUCAGCACUUCAUCCAGCCAAUCAUAACACCGAGCGAAUUUGCAUGUAUCCACAUUACUCGGAAGUUUUAAAUAUGACAAACAUAACAAUGCCCGUGGUCAUGAAACAAAUCCCUCGGUUUGAACAACAAAACGAUGUGUCGGUCAACGUGUACAUUCUCGAACCACUAAAGAAGGAGCGGUACAAUGUAGUUCCUUCCUAUCUAACUAGGGGGAAGAGAGACAGACACGUUAACCUACUACUCAUCCAAGAUAAAUAUGUGAACGAAGAAGAUGAUGAUGAUGAAUUCAAACCGAGAUUUCACUACGUUUGGAUAAAAAAUUUAUCCCGGCUAGUGUCAUCCCAAUUAUCGAUACAUCAUAGGAAAAAACAUUUCUGUGAACGUUGCCUUCAUUAUUUUUACACUUCCACUGGCCUAGAAAAACACGUGGAGGAUUGUGCUAAAAUGAAUAAAUGCCGCAUCCGGAUGCCGAAGGAAGGGGAAACGGUAUAUUUCAAGAAUUUUCAAAAUAAAGAACAGGUUCCAUUUGUAGUGUAUGCGGAUCUAGAAUGUCUUCUGAUACCGACAACAAAUACUGGUACACAUCAUAAGCCAUAUAGUAUUGGUUAUUACGUAAAAUGCUCAUAUGACGAGUCCCUGAGCUUUUACAAAUCAUAUAUCGGCGAGAACUGCCAGCAGUGGUUUGCGGCCGAAAUGAAGCAACUGGCUGAAGAUGUGGAAACUAUAUUCCUAUGUCCCUUACCCAUGGAACCACUUACUGAAGCGCAAGAACUGGAGUUUCGCUCAUUAUCAUGCUGUCAUAUAUGCGAAAACCUCUUUGACGUGGGUGACGUCAGAGUUCGAGACCAUUGUCACCUUACUGGUAAGUAUCGAGGAGCUGCGCAUGAGGAUUGCAACAUUAACUAUCAGGAUAGUCACGUGAUUCCAGUAGUCUUUCAUAAUUUAAGUGGGUACGAUAGCCACUUUAUUAUAAAGAAUCUAGCAAAAGAUUUCGAAGGACGCAUCGAUUUGCUACCUAUAAAUAAGGAGCGCUACAUUUCUUUUACUAAAAAUAUAGACCAAAAUUUACUUAAAUUCCGUUUUAUUGAUUCAUUUCGGUUCAUGGCAUCGAGUUUAGAUAAAUUGGCGAGCUAUAUAGAUUCCUUUCCAAAUUUAAAAAAACAAUUUCCAAAUUUAGAUGAAUCUAAAUUCAAUUUAUUAACGCGUAAAGGAGUGUUUCCUUAUGAUUACUUGGACUCUUUUACAAAAUUAAAUGAAACUGCAUUACCGGAUAAAUCAAAAUUUUAUAACUCUAUGACCGACAGUCACAUUGCAGAUACUGAUUAUACGCAUGCUAAUGAAGUGUGGAACGCUUUUGGCUGUCAAAAUUUAGGAAAUUACAGUGAGUUAUAUUUGAAAACAGAUAUUUUGUUAUUAGCAGACGUAUUCGAGCAAUUUCGGGCUAGCUGCCUGAAUUCGUAUAGCUUAGACCCGGCUCAUUACUAUACAUUACCCGGGUAUACAUGGGACUGCAUGCUGAAGAAUACGAGGGUAAAACUUGAGCUAUUAACGGAUAUUGAUAUGGCAAUGUUUAUAGAGCGAGGUAUACGAGGAGGUCUAAGCCAGUGUUCGAAACGUCACGCCUCGGCUAAUAAUAAAUAUCUACCUAAUUAUAAAUCAGAUAAGCCAUCAAAAUUCAUAAUUUAUGAUGAUAUCAAUAAUCAAUAUGGAUGGGCAAUGUCUCAGUACCUACCCUAUGGCGGAUUUAAGUGGGUUGAGGGAAACAACAUCAACUUCAAUGUACCUGAGGAUAACCCUGAAGGUUACAUUUUAGAAGUUGAUCUCGAGUAUCCUGAAUCCAUUCAUGAUUCACAUUGUGACCUUCCAUUUUGCCCAGAACAUCGUGCACCACCAAAUUCAAAACAAACCAAAUUAAUGGGCACUUUAUAUAAUAAAGAGCGAUAUGUGUUGCAUUAUCGUAAUUUACAACAAGCGAUUGAAAAUGGUUUAAUUUUAACAAAAAUUCAUCGUGUUUUGGAAUUUAAACAGUCGGCUUGGUUGAAAUCAUAUAUUGAUUUAAACACUAAAUUUAGAAUCGUGGCGAUUAAUGACUUCGAGAAAAAUUUAUUCAAAUUAAUGAACAACGCCGUAUUUGGCAAGACGAUGGAAAAUAUUCGAAAACAUUCCAUUGUGAAGCUUGUGACAAAAUGGGGUGGUCGUUACGGCGCUGAGGCGUUGAUCGCGAAACCAAAUUUUAAAUCCUCAACUAUUUUCUAUGAAAAUUUAGUUGCUAUAGAGCUCAAUAAAACGGAAAUUUAUUUUAAUAAACCCAUCUACGUUGGUAUGUGUAUUUUAGAUAUAUCAAAAUUAAAAAUUUAUGAUUUUCAUUAUUCAUAUAUGAGGAGACGAUUCGGCAACAAGGCCAGAAUCUGCUACACCGAUACAGAUUCCCUUAUAUACGAAGUCGAAUGCCCAGAUUUAUAUGAAGUGAUUCGAUGCGAUGCUUCGAAAUAUUUCGAUACUAGUGAUUAUCCUGAAAAUAAUGUCUACAACAUUCCUCGUGUAAAUAAAAAAGUUCUCGGUAUGAUGAAAGAUGAGAACGCCGGUAAGGUAAUGACUGAAUUUGUGGGGUUGAGAUCGAAGAUGUACGCAUGCCGAGUGGAGGGGGAAGAUAAAGUUAAAAAAGCUAAAGGCGUAAAAACAUCCAUUGAUAAAAACGUAAUCAGUUUCGAUGAUUAUUUAGUAUAUCUACGAGACGACAAAGAAAUGCUGGUCACCCAAAAAUUGUUCCAAUCGCGAAACCAUCAAGUAUCAACAAUUGCGCAAACCAAAACUGCACUUAGUUCUCACGACGAUAAAAGAUAUAUUAUUCCGGGGACCAUUGACACUCUACCCUGGGGGCAUUGGCGCAUCUCAUCAUAG